CCUAGAUGUACCACUUCUGCAAAAGCCAAAAAGAAUAGCCUCAAGGCUUACCAAUAUUCAGGAAAAACAAUUUCUGUCAUUUUUUCAAGAUAGAGAUAAUAUUGUAAUAAGUUCGUACUAUACAGAUUCAAAAGAAUUACUGAUCCUAUAUUUGCACAAUCAAAAAAGUGAAAUAUGGAAAAAAUUCUAUGAAACUUACCCAGAUGAUAUGAAAAGAACUAGUUUUAUAGCUUGA